GACCGUCGGCAAUGUUCUGGUCGUCUUCUUCCUCUUUCUCACCCUCGUCUCUCGUCUCUUCUCUUCCCGUCCUCCCUUAUCUCUUCCUCUCGCCGCUCCAAAUCCAAAGACCCGAAGACCUUUCAGAGCCGUAGCCGCCGUCGCCUGUCUUCCUUACUCUCGCUCCGCCAAAUCGCACGGGCUAUCAGCUGAAGCAAGAUGGAGCAGAUCGGGGAGGCUAAUCUAACAGCACCGCUUCUACAACCCAACGGAAGUGUUGCUGUUGAUUUUUCGCAUGAGUCUUCUGAAAGCGACAAGAAGACCAGGAAGGUUGUGUUAAGAAUUCGUGAAAUCCAAUGUGCUUCUUGUGCAGUGUCCAUAGAAUCAGUGGUGGGGGAUAUGAAGGGAGUCGAGAGCAUCUCCGUAUCUCCUCUUCACGGCCAAGCAAUUAUAAGAUACAACCCUGAAUUUAUCAAUGCAAAAAGAAUCAAAGACGCCAUAGGAGACUUAAAAUUUGAAGUUGAUGAAUUUCCAGAUCAAGAGAUUGCUGUAUGCCGACUUCGAAUCAAAGGAAUGGCCUGCACAAGCUGUUCUGAAUCAGUUGAGAGAGCACUCCUUAUGGUUGAUGGUGUUAAAAAGGCCAUAGUUGGCCUUGCUCUCGAAGAAGCCAAGAUACACUUUGAUCCCAAUGUCACAGAUUCUGUUCACCUAAUAGAGGCUAUCGAGGAUGCAGGGUUUGGAGCUGAUCUGAUUAGCUCUGGAGAUGAUUUCAAUAAAGUGCAUCUUAAAGUCGAAGGUCUUAAUUCCUCAGAAGAUGCCACUAUCAUGAAGUCAUACCUCGAAGCAGUUGAAGGUGUGAAUCAUAUUGAAAUUGAUGAAGGGAGCCACAAAGUAAUUAUUGCCUAUGAUCCCGAUCUCACAGGUCCCAGAUCACUUAUCGAACGCAUACAAGAAGCUGGUCAUGGUCCAAACAUAUAUCAUGCCAGCUUGUAUACAACCACUAGAGUAAGAGAAACAGAACAGCAUCAUGAAAUUACAGCUUACAGAAAUCAGUUCCUUUGGAGUUGUUUGUUCUCGGUUCCUGUGUUUAUGUUCUCUAUGGUACUCCCUAUGUUUUCACCUGUUGGCGAUUGGUUAAGCUACAAACUAUACAACAAUUUAAACAUGGGAAUGUUACUUCGAUGUGUCUUCUGUACACCAGUGCAGUUCAUUAUUGGCUGGAGAUUCUAUGUUGGAUCUUAUCAUGCACUGAGACGGGGAUCCGCUAACAUGGAUGUUCUGGUUGCAUUAGGAACUAAUGCGGCCUAUUUCUACUCCGUAUACAUUGUUAUAAAAGCAUUAACCUCAGAAUCUUUCGAAGGUCAGGACUUCUUCGAAACCAGUUCUAUGUUAAUAUCUUUUAUUCUGCUGGGUAAGUACUUGGAGGUGGUUGCAAAGGGCAAGACAUCAGAUGCUUUGGCAAAGCUGACAGAACUUGCUCCUGAUACAGCUACUCUGCUAAGUUUAGAUGUGGAUGGAAAUGUAAUCUCAGAGACAGAGAUUAGUACUCAGUUAUUACAGAGGAAUGAUGUGAUCAAGAUAGUUCCAGGUUCAAAAGUUCCAGUAGAUGGGAUUGUUAUAAGGGGUCAAAGCCAUGUGAAUGAGAGCAUGAUUACUGGAGAAGCAAAGGCUGUUGCUAAGAGACAAGGAGAUAAGGUCAUCGGUGGUACAGUGAAUGAGAAUGGAUGCAUACUAAUUAAGGCAACUCAUGUUGGAUCAGAGACUGCUCUCUCACAGAUAGUUCAGUUAGUGGAGGCGGCUCAACUUGCAAGAGCUCCAGUGCAGAAGUUAGCAGACAAGAUUUCUAGGUUCUUUGUCCCAAUGGUUGUGGUUGCUGCCUUCAUCACUUGGCUUGGUUGGUUCAUCCCUGGAGAAACACACUUAUAUCCAAGGAGUUGGAUCCCAAAGGCGAUGGAUGGAUUUGAGCUAGCUCUGCAAUUUGGGAUUUCAGUAUUAGUGGUUGCCUGUCCAUGUGCUCUAGGACUAGCAACACCAACAGCUGUUAUGGUUGCCACUGGAAAAGGUGCUUCUCAGGGGGUCCUUAUAAAAGGUGGUAAUGCAUUAGAGAAAGCCCACAAGGUGAAAGCUGUUGUUUUUGAUAAAACUGGAACUUUGACAAUUGGAAGACCUGCAGUCGUCCAGAUAAAGAACUUUUCAAAGAUAUCAUUACAAGAGCUAUGCAAAUUGGCUGCUGCUGCAGAGGUUAACAGUGAGCACCCUUUAGCAAAGGCUGUUAUAGAACACUCGAAGAAACUACACCAGCAGUAUGGGUUUUCUGAUGAUCACUUGCUUGAAGCCAAGGACUUUGAAGUGCAUCCUGGUGCUGGAGUUGGCGCCAGUAUUGGAGGCAAAAGAGUCCUUGUUGGGAACAAGAGGCUCAUGCUUGCCUUCCAAGUCGCAGUAAGCCCUGAAAUCCAAGACUAUGUAUCAGACAUGGAGCAUUUAGCCAGGACUUGUGUUCUGGUUGCUGUUGAUGGUGUAAUCUGUGGUGCUUUUGCUGUCUCUGAUCCCUUGAAGCCUGAGGCUGGCCGUGUAAUUUCAUUUCUAAAUUCCAUGAGUAUUUCAAGCAUUAUGGUGACCGGUGAUAAUUGGGCUACUGCCACUGCCAUAGCAAGGGAGGUCGGAAUUGAGAAAGUAUUUGCUGAGACAGAUCCCGUGGGAAAAGCUGAAAGAAUUAAGGAUUUGCAGAUGGAGGGGUUGACAGUAGCGAUGGUCGGUGAUGGGAUUAAUGACUCACCAGCUCUGGUUGCUGCAGAUGUUGGUAUGGCCAUCGGCGCUGGCACAGACAUUGCCAUCGAAGCUGCUGAUAUCGUUCUGAUAAAGAGCAACCUGGAGGAUGUAAUUACUGCCAUCGAUCUAUCAAGGAAGACUCUAGCAAGGAUCCGGCUCAAUUAUGUAUGGGCUCUGGGUUACAAUGUACUCGGCAUGCCAAUCGCUGCUGGCAUCCUGUACCCAUUCACCGGAAUCCGGCUUCCUCCAUGGCUCGCUGGUGCCUGCAUGGCCGCCUCAUCGCUCAGCGUCGUUUGCUCCUCUUUACUUCUGCAGUCGUACAAGAAACCACUGCAAGUCCAGGAUGCACAGGGACGUGGAGAUUACUUGAAUUAUGUUUGAAGCAGGAGUUCUCAUUGUAUCGAUCACCACCUGCUCGAAUUAUAAGUUGUAUUGCUCCCAGGAUUGCUGAACUUUUCUGUAGUACAUGUUAAUUUCACAAAUCAUUUCAAGGAUCGAUCGAUAAUGUUGACAGUUUCAUCUGUGACAGUGAUGCAGACUGGGAGAGUUUGGUUUGUCAUUAUUUCAGUGCUGCUACCCUUUUCAGGGUUUUUUGCAUAAGAACUCAAUUGUCGAAAGACUAGCUAUCAUAGCCUUGUAUUCUUGCAUUUGUCACAAACGCCACCUCUCAGGUAAUCAUCGAUGAUCAACCCUUGGGUUAA